AUGUCAAACGAAAUUAAAAAAUUGAGGAACGAAUUAGUUAUUGAAUUUCCAGGAAGAACGCGUCAAAUUGUAACCUUAAUAAAUUUGUUAGGAGAGCCUACAGAAAAAACACCACCUUCAAUUUUUAUACAUGGAAAUAGAGCAUUGGGUAAAACUGAAAUUGUAAAGAAUCUAUUCAAGAGAGGGUUCCCCACGCGUCACUAUUCUUUCCUCAAUUGUAAAUUAUACUUUCAACUCGAUGAUAUAUUUGAAGUUUCAUUAAAACAUUUAUCUGGUAAAAAACAUAAAUGCAAAAAUUUUGAUGAAUAUGCUACAAUAUUACAAGAUAUAUGCGAAACUGUUGAGGAAACUAGAUACCUGAUAUUUGAUAAUGCAGAAUUGUUAUGGAAUCUUUCUCAAACUUUGGUGUCUAUUCUCUUAAAUCUCCCGCAUUGGACCGGCGCAAAUCUUUGUAUAAUCUUUAUCACACAAGUUCCGUGGGAGAAAUUUCGAAGAUAUGUGGGAAUAAUUGAACCUUUUCAAUUAUAUUUUCCAGA